AUGUAUUAUAGUGUAAAUGAAUGGAAAAUAAAUAAAUUUAUUCACUCUGUAUUUCCUAAAAAGUCCAUAUUAAUAAUAUUUCUCAUAUUAUAUUUGAGAAAAUUAACAAAAAGGAAGUACAACAUCUUAAGGGGUUUACUAGAAUUAGAACAAAUUCUUGGAAGAUGCCCUGAGCAUAAAUCCAAAAAAGGGCAUAAGAAAAUGAAAUUCAGGAAAAGUAAAAAUGAAAAAAAAAAUGAACAACAAGAUGACCUCAUAAAAAAUAAAGAAGGUGACCUCAUAAAAAAUAAAGGUGAUCUCAUAAAAAAUAAAGAAGGUGACUUCUUAAAAAAUAAAGGUGACCUCAUAAAAAAUAAAGAAGGUAACCUCAUAAAAAAUAAAGAAGGUGACUUCUUAAAAAAUAAAGGUGAUCUCAUAAAAAAUAAAGAACGUGACCUCAUAAAAAAUAAAGGUUACCUCUUAAAAAAUAAAGAAGGUGACUUCUUAAAAAAUAAAGAAGAUGUCCUCUUAAAAAGUAUAGAAGAUGUUCUCUUAAAUAAAGGUUAUAAUAUAUUGCAAAAUAAAGAUGAUAAUCUCUUGCAAAAUGAAUAUUACAAGCUCUUACAAAACGAACAGGAUGAUAACCAACUCAAAGGUAUUAACUUAAUUACAACUAAGAAAGAAGAUAAAAGUUGUAUGAAGAAAACACAUGGAAAUAAGGCAGAAGAUGAAAAGAAAGAAGAUAAAAGUUGUAUGAAGAAAAUACAUGGAAAUAAGGCAGAAGAUGAAAAGAACGAAGAUAUAUUAUUAAUGUCCCCUACAAAAGGAAACAACUUAUGGACAAGAUUAAAAAAAGGUUUUUCAAGAGGUAUGUGUAUGAAUUUUUUAUUAAAUGAUAAUAAGGAGAAAAAACUUUCUAUGUUGUAUGUAACAAAUAUGUUGAAAAAACAAUUGAAUUCUUAUUAUGGUUCAAAAAAUUCAAAUGAUAAGAAAUUGGAAAAAUCAGAUAAUCAAGGAGGAGAAGAAAAAUAUGAUAAUUCAAAUAAGCAGCAUAAUAUGAUAUAUAACUGGAAAAUAGGAAAAGAAUGUUUUAUGAAAAAAUUAGAUGGUGUACAUAAUUUUGAAAUGAAUGGUGUUAAUUAUUAUGAUUUUAAUUUAAUAUCAAUUCCAACUAUUGGUUAUUCUAAAAGUAGUAAAAGAGUUCAGUUAAUGUAUAAAACAGAUGUAAUAUAUGGGGAAAAUUUAAAUGACGAAAAUAAUUUAAAAAAAAAUAAAUUAUUUUUGAAAAAGGUUCCUGCAAAUUUAUGGAUUGAACAAUAUAAAUUAAUGAAAGAAUAUGAUGGAGAAUAUGUAUAUAGUGGGGAAAAUUAUGUAAUGGAAUUUUUAGUUUUAUCUUUUCUUGAUACAUAUCACCCUAAUAUAUGUCCUAAGUUGUAUAAAAUAUUAUAUGAGCCUCCAAAUAAAGAAUAUAUUAAAGAUGAAAAUAGGAAAUUUCAGAAUAUAGAUGAUUUUGUAAAAUAUAUGGAAGAUAUUAUAGAACAUAACAAAAGGAACAGUGCAAAUAAUAAUGUUGAUAAUAAUAAUAUACAUAACCAUAAGAAUAACAUAAAUUACUGUAUUACUAAUAGUGAUAAUAAACAUGAUAAUAAUAGUAAUGAUAACAGUUCUGAUAAUAACUGUGGAUAUGUUGUAAUGGUAUCGGAAUAUUACGGUGAAGAUAUAUUUGAUUUUAUUAUAAAACGAAGGAAAAAUGUAUUUUUAAAAAUACGAAGAAAAGAUAAAAUCAAUAUUCUUCUUGCUUGUUUAAAGUUAUUAGCAAGAUUACAUGAUGCUGGAUUAUCUCAUCUUGAUUUAACACCUGAUAAUAUAUUAAUAUCAAAAAGUAUGGAUUUACGUUUAUGUGAUUUUGCGAAAAGCACUCCAAUGUAUAGCAAUAAACUAAGACAUUUAAAAGAAUCUGAAAAUUCGUAUAAAUUUGAGUCUUAUGAAACGCAUGUAGCAAAAAGUGCAUAUACACCACCUGAGUGUUGGGAAAUAUAUUGGAGAUAUUAUGCAUUAAAAAUUAAAGAACCUUUGGAAUAUUUAAAAUUAAUUACAAACCAAGAAGAAAGGAAACAAUUUUAUUUUGACGUUGCUUGUGCUGACAAAUUUAUGUUAGGGGUUCUAUUCAUAUGGAUAUGGACUAGUGGUAAUUUAUGGAAUUGUUCAGAUCCUUUACAAGAUGAUUAUUUUUAUUGUCUUAUGAAAUCAGAUAUGAAUUUUAAUAAUUUCCCGUGUUCACAAAAUUGGCCCCAUGGCCUUAAGCACAUCAUAAGGCAAUUGUUACACAUGAAAUACAGAAAAAAUUUGAAUUUAAAUAUUUUAGGCAUUCAUCCGUGGUGGUACAAAAAAAAGUAA